AGACGCCGGGAAAAUGGCUGAUGACUUUGGCUUCUUCUCGUCGUCGGAGAGCGGGGCCCCUGAGGCGACUGAGGAGGACCCAGCGGCUGCCUUCCUGGCCCAGCAGGAGAGCGAGAUCGCAGGCAUAGAGAAUGACGAGGGCUUCGGGGCACCUGCCGGCAGUCAGGUGGCCUCCGCGCAGCCGGGACCCGCCAGUGGGGCUGGUUCUGAAGACAUGGGGACUACUGUUAAUGGAGACGUGUUUCAGGAAGCUAAUGGCCCCGCUGAUGGCUACGCUGCAAUAGCCCAAGUUGACAGGCUGACUCAGGAGCCCGAGAGCAUACGCAAAUGGAGAGAGGAGCAGAAGAAACGGCUGCAAGAGCUAGAUGCUGCCUCUAAGGUGACAGAACAGGAGUGGCGGGAGAAGGCCAAAAGGGACCUGGAAGAGUGGAACCAGCGCCAGAGUGAACAAGUUGAGAAGAACAAGAUCAAUAACAGGAUCGCUGACAAAGCAUUCUACCAGCAGCCAGAUGCUGAUAUCAUCGGCUAUGUGGCAUCUGAGGAGGCAUUCGUGAAGGAAUCCAAGGAGGAGACUCCAGGCACAGAGUGGGAGAAGGUGGCCCAGCUCUGUGACUUCAACCCCAAGAGCAGCAAGCAGUGCAAAGAUGUGUCCCGGCUGCGUUCGGUGCUCAUGUCCUUGAAGCAGACGCCGCUGUCCCGCUAGGUGCCUGUCAUAAGCAUGUUCACAAAGCACGGGCCACACCAGGGCAGAGGAGCAGCAGCUGCUUUGGCCAGGGUGGAAACUUCCUCUGGCAGCUGCCACACACAGCCUAUUCCGUUCCUCUCCAUCUCCCGGGGCUGAGAAAGGGGACCCUGACCCCUUUGGUCCCUUGCUCUCUCCUGGCCCUAUGGUCCAGCCCCUCAUGGCUCCUCCUCAGUCCACUCAAUUGUGACUGUCCCUCUUGAUGUAUUUUUUUUUUCUUGCUUAAAGGGUGUGUUGUUAACUCUUUUUACACCUAUUUAUUAUCAUCCUCAUUUCUCUGGAAGCCACAACUGGUGUCAGGGUUCAGUUUAUGCUUAGAACUUUUCCAGUUUCAUGGCCUUGAAGAAGGUAAAGAAUACCUGAAAAGAACAACUUAAAGGAGGAAAGGUUUAUUUUGGCUCACAGUUUUAGAGGUUCAGUCUAUAUAGGUUUAGCAGGCUCCAAGUGGGAGGAGAGGUGGGGGGGAGGGGGAGAGAAAGGGAUCACCCAAAAGGAGGGAAAGAAGGAGCCGGGGAGAAUGCCCCCAGUGACCUACUUCCUUCAUCAAGAUGCCACCCCCCAGUAGUCUAUUUAGUUGUCAAUGGAUUAAUUCACUGGUGAGGUCAAAGCCUUCAUAUUCCAAACAUUACCUAAAAGCCCUACCUCUGAACCUUGCUGUGCUGGGGACCAUGCUUUCAAUACAUGAGCUCUUUGGGGAACAUUUCCAAUCCAAACCAUAACACCUUGGAAGCCUAAGAGCUCCCACCUAGAAGUGGAAGCCCUAACCUGUCUGUUGUCUCCAUACUUAAGAGGAAAGACAACCUCUCAUAGAAUGCGUUUGUAACCCUGAUCCUUUCACAAACCUGUGAAGUAAGAAGGAUUCUGCUGUUUUCACAUGUAGAUAAAGACACUAAGGCUUCCAGUGGGAAGAAACAGGGAAGACCAACAUCCCGUGGUGGCUUUUUCCAAGCCUGGGUAAGAGGCUGGUAAAGGCAGCCUCUGUUGGACACCUUUCCUUGUAGUUGGCUGGGACCUUCUGGAUGUGAAGUGCCCAUUGCUCUGCCUAAUUUAUCCCCUCCUCCAGCUGUACCUGCCUAUGAAUUAGGUAUAACAACCAGCGACCACAGGAGUGGUUACUGAGCUAUAACCCUAGGCCUUUUUAUUUCUUGAGACAGGGUCUCCCUAAGUUGCUAAGGGUCUUGCAAAGUUGUUAAACUCCUGAGUCACUGGGAUUACAGGCUUGUGCCACUAUACCCCCGCUUUUAAAAAAAAUUGAGUAUUUGCCAACAGUGUUAGUUCCCUAGGGCCACUGUAACAAAGUAGUACAAACUAGGUUACAACAACAGAAAUUGUCUCCAGGUUGGGGGUGUACCCUGGCCAAGCAUGUAUAAUGCACUGGGUUCGAUCCCCAGCACCACCAAAGAAAAAAUAAAUUUGUUGUCUCAUA